GAGCAAAUGUCUGAGCCAACUGAAGAGGAUAAACGUAAUACGGAAACCUUGGAUGACGAAAUCCACUUACUGUGUUUCUUGACAGGCCCGCCUGAAAAUUAUAACACAGACCAAAUCCAGGAGAUUGACAAUAUCAAACAUAUAACCGACCUGAAAGGUUUGCCAAUGGUUGUUGUGGCAACUAAAUUUGAUGAACAAUGCUUGAAUGUAAUGGAGGACGUGGACCAUCUGUAUAAAUGCAAAAAGUCAAAAGAGACAACAGAAGAUAUAGCAAUUUUUUUUAAGAUUCAGGAGAACCACGUUCUUCCAGUUGUUAACUACACUUCUGAGAACGUCAAAUCAAAAGGAAAAGAUAUACUAGCUCUACAAGCUUUAUAUAAAAUGAUAGAAGUUACAGAGGAUUUCCUUGCAAAGCACCCAGAUAGGCAAAGGCCUAUUCAGGCUACACAGGAAGUCGAUGAUAGACGUGCCCCUGAAGAAGUAAUGGAAGAUGUUGAAGAACAGGGUAAUAAUGAUGUCCAAACAUCUGUUGAUGGACAUCAAACAAGUGAACCAUCAUUAUCGGACAGAUUGAAUAGCAAAUCAUACAGACCUCCUAAAGAUACGUGUAUAUUUGAUGGCCGUUUGAUAAAGCUGGGACUAAAAGACAUCGCUGACUUGGAAAAGAACUGUAUAAAACCGAUUGGGGAUGGUGCUUUUGGAAAAGUAUUCACAAGUAAUUCUGUUUCCGAUGGGUUUGGCAUGCAUGUUGCUGUCAAGAAGAUACCUUUUGACAAACCUGAUGCUCAUAGCCGAUCAAUCAGAAGGGAAAUGAUUACGUCUAGAAUUAUGCAUCCGUUUAUUCUUCCAUUGCUAGCAGUUGUUGAUCUAACUAACAGAAAUCCAAAACCAGAAUUUUGGUUUGUUUCCCCAUUCUGCAAAAAAGGCGACCUUCAGGAAGCUAUAGAAAAAGACCAUACUGGACAAGACAAUAUCAGAAUGAAUGAGAAGAAAAGAAUAAGGAUUCUACUCCAUAUUGCAUUAGCGAUCCAAUAUAUUCAUACAAAAGUGCCAGAUGUCAGGGAUAUCGUUCUUCAUAAGGACAUAUCAUCAAAAAAUGUUGUGUUGGAUGAUGCCUAUAAUGCUCGCCUAAUUGACUUUGGAUUAGCAAGAGAAAAGGAUGACCAAACAACGGAUGCAAGAGGAAGAAUGUGUUAUUCCCCUCCUGACAUUGGACGAGGGAAACCUGCAACUGAGAGCUGGGAUUACUACAUGUUUGCAGUCAUCAUUAGAGAAAUAUUGACAGGCCUUGGACCUCAGGGAAUCAACAACAAGUUCUUAAAGAACAUGGAAGCAGAAGAAGUUCUGCAGAAAUUAGAGAAACGUGUAUGGAUCGAAACAGAUAGAGCCAGGUAUCUUAAUGAUAUUGCUGAGCAGUGUUUGCAACAAAAUGCACGGACUGUUUCUGAAUUUAACACAACUGUUGUUGAAAGAAUAAAUGCCAUCUGGACAAAAUACUUUUGGGGAAGCAAGAUUCACCAAGUUCCUAACAAUUAUGCCAAAUGUCAUAUUUGUAUGAUAAACCCUAAAGCGAGGGAAACAUCUAUGACACAGAAACACGCAGCAAACUGUAGACAGAAAAUCGAAGUAUGCAUAGCCUGCGAAAAGAACUCUUCUCUUAACCCAAUCACAUGUUACUGUGGAACAAAGUUAACUCCUCUAAUAGGAAGUAGAUGUGGUGCAUUGCUGGUAGCAGGAAAUGAUACUAAUAACAAGUCGAUGGCAAAAGCACUGGCUAAAGAUAUAGAGGAAUUGAAGAAGUUGAUUACAUCACAGGCUCCACGUAUAAUGGGAAUAAGCGAGGACAAAGUCCGCACAGUUAUACCGAGUAUUCCAGAUAAGCCAGACAACCCCAAAUUAGAAGAGGAACAAGAACUGUGGCCGAAAGUGAAAGAACAUAUCAGAUACUUUAGUAAUGAAACAGAAAUUGAUACAUUACUUAUCUACUUCUCCUGUCAUGAUGCAAGCAACAUGGGCACUGGAGAUGCAAAAAAUCAUAAUGUCUUCAGGUUUGGGUCAGCUUCUGAUAACAUUACACUAGAUCAGUUUGAAGAUGAGUUGGAAAGUUUGGAAAAUAUUGACAAGCUGAUCAUAUUUCUAGAUCGUUGCUUUCCUCCAUUGGUACGUUUCAAGAAACGGGACAGAAAAUUUAUUCAAAUAAAUGCUUGCAAACAGGACGAAAUGGCAGACAUCACAGAUUCUGGCAGCGUUUUUACAAAGUACCUUAUUCAAGGAUUGAAAGCAAAGUCAGAGAGAAAGAAAUGCUCCGACAGUAAUUGUCAGCACUGUGACGCCUACUGGUCAAACAGUUCUGGUUCUGAUUUCAUUUCAGUUUCGAGUCUCUUUGAUUAUGUCAAGAAACACAUGGAGGCGAUACAAGGUCCGCUACCUGUCCCUACAAUGCAGAUAGAUUUUCAGAACAUUGCGUUCUACACGGAUGAAGAGGUCAUUAUAGAAUUUACGUGUGAGGAAGAACAAAAACGAGUACCACUUGAAUAUCUGCAGAAUAUGGAACUGCUUCAGGAUACGCUGUACGAAGUGUUCAAACGGGACAAAAGCACGACCAGAGUCCGAAUUCAAAGAGAUACCUAUAGGAAAGAUGAUAGAUUUGUAAACUGUGAAACUCUAAAAACUGUUAUGUCGGCAUGGAUCCAUAGACAGCCACUGACAGUGACAUUUGAAACCUCGCCGUCAUAAAACGAGAAAUAUUAACGCAGUUAAAAUCGCAACAUGUCCAGUAUUCUUCAGUUUAGUUGAUGUAGCGAGGAUGUUUAUUCUGACCCCAAGAAUGUAAACUUUUCUACUUAAUAUUAUAAUUUACAGUACCGGAAGCGGAUUCGGCUAUAACAAGAUGAAUGAAUUCUGUAUUGAUGAUAAAAACGUAGGAUUAAUCUGUUACGCAAUCUAUUCGUGCAGAUGUUAUAUACAUACAGAAAUUGUAUUUUCAUUUUGUGUCAAGAGUAGUAUAUACAAACAAACGUCUUAUGACUGUGCUUUCCUGUUUUUUUUUU